CCGCUGGCAGUCGCUCGGUCGCCGCCGUCGCGAGCGCAGUCUCACGCACGCAUCGCUAUCAACUGACGUUUCAAUCUGACAGCUACAGCUGUCACGUGCAUUUGACAUAAAAAAAACUAGUGUGACCACGGCAUACAUUAUCAUCGAGACGAACAAUCGAUGACGCGACGAUUCAAAUUAAGAAAUCAUGCUAAUGGCUCUCUGAAGAAUAAACCGAUAAAUAUUAAUCUAUUUAAAUAGUGUAAACUGUGCUGUCAGACAUUCAAAUAAUAGUCGACGCGCUGAAUCGUCUGUUUAAUGAAUUUAAAUCGAGUACGGGCCGCAUAAUUUGUUGGGACAAUCGCCGUUGUGUGUGUUUCUGCUGCCAGAUGUUUGAAAAGCAUUCCGACACGGUUUAUUAAGAUCUCCGGAGGUGUUUCGAGGCGUCAACGCGGCGGGUGGCCCAGGUUUUGAAUAGCCUGUUUGCGUUAUUGUCACGCUGUUGUGACAGGUUGGGAAAAAAUGGCCUUUGAAGACCGUUGCAGCCCGAGCCAGGCUAACAGCCCCGGGCCUGUCAGCGGGAGAGUGCCGGCGCCUCACGCGGAGAAUCUCAUGAGCUUCUGCCAGCCGAGCCAGUACACCUGCACCACCAUCGAGCCGAGGUAUGAGAGGAACCAGCCGUCGCCAAUGACCAUUGUGAAGGUCCAGCCAGCUUCCCCACCCUCUAGCCCCAUGGAGACCCACGGCGACAUGGACAACUAUCAGAACUUCUACCCGGAACGGCCAGAAACACCAGACGUGAAGCCCGUGAUAAACCCAGUUCAAGAAGACGCAAGAUUCAACGAUCGGUUCAGAAACCAGUGCCAGCAAGUGACUGUGCCGAUCACGUUUUCAAUCAGCAACAUUCUACACCCCGAGUUCGGUUCUGGCGCAUUGCGGAAAACCAACAAGAUUGAAGGACCGAAACCCGUCGGGCCUAACCACAGCAUUCUUUACAAGCCAUACGACCUAUCCAAACCGGGGAGCGUUGCUGAGCACCAAAAAGGGUACAGCUUCGAUUAUUUGAAGACAAAAGAGUCUAGUCACGACUUCAACCGACUACCACCGCUUGGGGGGUUGAGGCAGACGGUAUCUCAGAUUGGGGAGGCUCAGAAAGAGAAGGAGGUUGUUAGACCUAUUGAGCCUCAAAGAAGGCCGGAUUCGGCGAGUUCCAUUGUUUCUUCAACGUCGAGUGGGGCUCCUUCCACAUGUGGCAGCACCGACGCCGGCAGCCAGGGUCAGGGGAACGCGAACUUGUGGCCAGCCUGGGUGUACUGCACCCGAUACAGCGACCGACCCAGUUCUGGUCCUAGAAGUAGAAGGUCAAAGAAGAAGUCCCCAAGUGCCGCAGAAGAGAAGAGACCAAGAACAGCAUUCAGCGCGGCGCAACUCAACAGACUGAAGCACGAGUUCGCAGAGAACCGCUACCUGACGGAGCGGCGGCGCCAGGCGCUGGCCGCGGAGCUGGGCCUGGCCGAGGCGCAGAUCAAGAUCUGGUUCCAGAACAAGCGAGCCAAGAUCAAGAAGGCCAACGGACAGAGGAACCCACUAGCCUUACAGCUGAUGGCUCAAGGGCUCUACAACCACACGACAGCCACUGAAAGCGACGAAGAAGAAGAAAUUAGUGUUACGUAAUUUUUGCAAAGUAUUUUAUUUGUAAAAAAAAGUCGCGGGACGAUUUUGCAGAUUUUUGAGUUAAGCCCUUUUACACCUAAAGCUUAUGCCUAUAUUUUUUUGCGAUAUAAGAUGAAGUUAGUUAUUUUUUAUUCAGAUUCAAUUAUAUAUUAUUAUUGAUAUUGCCCGACUUGAUAGUUUAUGCUAACUUUAAUAAACUUGAUGAUUUUUGUAUAGUACUUAUAGUAGAUUAUACUGAAACCAAUGUUGUAUUAUAUUUGUUUUACUAAUUGACAAGGCUUUCUUUGCAAAUAAACUGUUAGUGUAAAUAGCAGUAUGUAUUUAAUCAUGUAUAAAACAUAUGUUUUAUGUAUUGUUCCUUUAGAUUAGAGAAAAUGUAUAUAUCAAGCUAGAGUAAACAAAACUUGUUGUAAUGGGUAGAGGCUUUUAAAAUAGAUUUUUUACCUUUUAAUGUAUUUGUCAAAGCUUUGAUUUUUCAACAUCAAAGGAACUUUGUAGAGGUAAUUUUCUGACACAAAAGUAGAGUACAUAGGCACUUAAUUUUCCAAAAUAAAGUUUUAAAAAAUAUCUGUCAAAAUAUUUACGAUUUGCCUAAACAAUGUUAUUUUUUUAUCACGACACCUAUCAGAUAAAUUAAAAUAUGACCACCCGUUUUGCACAGUAUGACAAUAACACACACACCUUACCAUGCACUUAAACAUAUAACAUCCCACUUUUUGCUUAGGGAUCAAUAAGGACAAGUCAAGAUGCGAUAUUGUAACCAACAUGCAAGUUUAUUAUGAUCUAUUAUUUAGUAUUGUAGCGUGUGAAGUUUACAUUUUUACAGUAAGUAUUAAAAUAAAGGUAAGCGUCGACCUUUCGGCAUCGUAUGCAACGGACGCAUCGCAUUCAGUAUUCUUUGUAUAGAAAAUCACACAAGUGCGUCCACUUCAUCGGCAUUGCCGACGCCGUUUCUCCUUACGAUUGGUGCGAUACGAUUUUACCUAUAAUUUUUUUAUACGAUACCGACAAGUGGAUGCUUACCUUUAAAGUCCUAUAAUGUGGCAAGAUUUAAAAACGUAUUUAAAUUCAUAUUUAAAAAUGUAAAUAGUUAUGGAAAAACUU